UUUACUUCCAGAUUAUGUCGACCAAAAGAUGUUCCCAAAUCUGCCUCUGUUUGUGCUUGUUCUAUGUAGCGGGAAUCGCAACUACAAGCACAUCUCCAAAAGUUGAAGAGCCGGAACAACCCAAUCAGAGUUUAAGUGAUGAAAAGGGUCAGCUUGCUCUAUCAGCACCAGAGUUUGAUUCCAACGAUUUGUGGGUUAUAAAUAGAACAAAUGCAACAGCGGCACAACAUGUGCAUCAUUCUACCAUUGUCAAAAGAGCUCGACGUGCUUCUAGACGAACAUCCAGAAAGUUGCGCCAAGAACGCAGACGACAGGAUUUUCCGCAAUCGCAGACGUUCAAAUCAUGCCCAACAAAGACAAUUUACGCCAGCAAAAGUACAGCAGAAGACAUGUUUGGUCAACAAGUUGAUGUUUACCCAUUCAUUACUAUUGGUGAUUUGAAUUUAGAUCAACACUUCUACGAGACUUUCUGCGACGUGGAGAAGUGCAAGUGCGGUGGCAUAAACAACAAACAUUUCAAAUCGUCCUGUCGCACCACGUACAGUCUCUCAUUUGGAAGGAUUGUUAAAGGCGGCGAAAUUGGCUGGAGUUUGAUCAAACUCCGAACCGGAUGUGCAUGUCAGGUUAAACAGAAAAAGAAAAGUUCCUUUGCCCGAAAUGGCGACAAUAAGAAAUUCAAAUUUUGAAAUAACAGCUUUAAAAUAAGACAAUUUUAUGUAUGUUUAUGUCUUUUAAGGGAUAUUCAGGCAAAAUAAUGACAAAAAUAUUAAGAUGAUCUUAUGUACUCAAAUCUCGAUAAAAUGACAUUUCCCAGCAUGAAUUUCUGUUUAAAUUCUAUAUAUUUUGGAUUUGAAGCGUAAAUAUAUCUAUAUAUGUUGAGCAAAAUUUAGACGCUAAUAGAAUCACCGAAUAGUUUUCAAACAAGUCACGUGACUUGAACAAACCCUUGAAGUUACAAUAACAGAUAUUGUGGAUUUGUUAUGCUCCCCGAAGGGUGAACAUAUAGUCGCCGCUUUGUCCGUCCGUCCGUCCGUACGCUUUUCUUGUCCGGGACAUAACAACAAGAGGUAUCAACAUGAAACUGUAGGUAGAUCUCAUUCAGUAAGUGUGCAGUGCACAAGAACUGUAACUCUGCCUUGCCCAAUUUUUGAAUUAUUGCCCUUUGUUUAUUUUUAAACUUUGAACUUUGUCCGGGACAUAACUCUAACUAUCAGAGGUAUCAACAUGAAUCUUUGUAGGUAGAUAGAUCUCAUUAAGUAGAUGUGCAGUGCACAAAAACCGUAAGUCUGCCUUGACUAAUACUUGAAUUAUUGCCCUUUGUUUAUUUUUACACUUUGAAGUUUGUCCAGGACAUAACUCUAAAACUAUAGGAGUUAUCAACAUGAAACUUUGCGGACAGAUAAAUCUCAUUGAGAAGGUUUGCAGUACACAAGAAACGUAAGUCUGCCGUGCCUUAGUUUUGAAUUAUUGUUUAUUUUUACACUUUGAACUUUGUCUGGGACGUAACUCUUAAAGUAUAAGAGAUAUCAACAUGAAUCUUUGUAGGUAGAUAGAUCUCAUUGAGCGGAAGUGCACUGUUAAAGAACCAUAACACUGUCUUGUCUAAUUGUGAAGUUAUUGCCAUUUGUUUAUUUUUACUUUUUGACUUUUGUUCGGGACAUAACUCUAGCACUAUUAGAGUUAUCAACAUGAAACUUUGUAGGUAGAUAGAUGUCAUUAGAUAAAACUGCAAUGCUAAAGAACCUAAACACAGCCUUGUCUAAUUUUGGAGUUAUUGUCCGUUGUUCAUUUUUACUCUUUGAAUUUUACUCGGGACAUAACUCUGAAACUGUAUGAGAUAUCAUCAGGAAACUUUAUAGAUAGAUAGAUUUCAUUGAUUAGAAGUGCAGUGCAAACAAUCAUAACCCUGCCUUGCCUAAUUUUGGAGUUUUUGCCCUUUGUUCAUUUUUUUAUACUUUCCUGUGUCCAAACCUCGGGGAGCAUCAACCGGUUCAACCGGUUCUUUUUGGUUUGUUUUAUUGGGUUUUACGUCACACCGACACAGUAUAGGUCAUAUGGCGACGUUCCAGCUUUACUGGUGGAGGAAGACCUCAGAUAUUGUAGAUAUUGUAUGAUAGAAACAAGUCUUAAGUCAUUCAUUUCACAUGUUCUUUUACCUUUCUAGAGUUAACUGCGGUAACUAUUGUGAAAUCUUAGCCCACGUGAGUCAAGUUAGUAAACCACCAUUUUAUUCUAUAUAUGGAGAAAAAGUUUUGUUCCUUUGACUGUCUAAUGUUUUUAGUUUGAGGGCAUUUACAGAAUAAUGAAUGAAAAAUUCAAAACGAAGAAAUGAAAAUUUUGCCUGUACAUUUGUUAAUCAAUUAUGAACAUGGUGUAACAAACUAAUGAAAAUCAUGAUUAAAUUUACUUUUAUUAUUACCUUUUCUUCAUAAAAAUACUUAGGUACAUACUUAGUACAUGUAUAUAUUAUUCAUUAUGUUUUUGUUUAUCAUUGUAGCGUGGAAACUCUGUUGUAUAAAAAUUACAAUCUUUUCUAAUUUAAGCAUAAGCACAAUAAGUAGACGAUGUGUAGCAUACAGAACCCUGGUUUUUAGGUCAAAGGUCACGGCCACAGCAGGGCAUUGAAUUUGGUGUAUUUGUCAUAUAGUCUUAAGUGCAGUUGGAGUUUUUGAACGGCCAAUAUCUUCUGCAUGCUUGAUGGGAUUUCAUAUAAGACUACCAUCUAUAAGAAGAUAAUGUGUCGCGCGUAAACCGAGGUACAUGUAUUAAGUCAAAGGUCAAGGUCACAGCAAAAGAGCAAAAGAUUGAACUUGUGUACUAGUAUUCGUCAUCAUAAAGUCUGAAGUGCUGUUUAAGUUCGUCUCUGGCCCAUAAUCUCUGUAUGCAUGGUGGACUUUCAAAAUAAACGAAUACAUUGAUCACCAUAAGAUAAUAUGUCGCGGGCAAAACCUAUAGGUUCAAAGAAAUGAAUACACUUUACUUUUUGUCAUUUAGUCAUUAGUGCAGAUUCAUGUCCAGCAGCCUAUAACUUCUGCUUCAUGAUGUGAUUUCCCCAAAAGAUAUAUGUUGCACAAAUUCACCAUAAGUGUGCCCAUUCAUGGUCAAGGUCGUGCUUGGAGGUCAAACGUCAUAUCCUUGCACCUUUAUCCUUUCUCGAUGAUUUGUGAAAAAAUGUGUGAUAUGUCUUCUGCACAGUCAGACAGUUUGUCAUGUGUAAGACAUAUGCUGCACCCUGAAGGUCAAGGUCAUUUUUGGCAGUCAGAGGACAGAUUCUGAUUGGCUUUCAAUGUAUAACUUUGUCAUUAUUUAUUUGAUUGUCUAAGUAUUUGGCCUAAGUCUUCACCACAGAUGUAUUGCCUCGCGCAAUGUCAUGUCAUGUCCGCAUCUUCAAAGUCAAGGUUGAAAAUAGAUGACAAAGGUCAAAUGUGCGUGUCCUCAUUCUUCAUUUGCUAAUGACUUUAAUAUAAUGUCAUCGUAAUCAAGUUGGUCACAUGAAACACUUAGGUCAAUGUUGUACUUAGUGAUUAAACGUGAUAUUGAUGUGGUAUCUGUGUCCAAUGGAUAUAUUUUAAUUUGUAUUUGUUUUUGUUAUACAAUGUCUUUAAACAAAGCAAUUUCACAGAUUUGUUAAAAUGACUUUUUGACAGGUCAUAUAUGAUCUACUUCAAACAUUAUUUUGCUGUAAAGUCUCCCGACCGAGCAAGUUUACAAUUACAUGUAUAUGUGUAUUUAUUAUGAUACUGAAGAUGAAUAUCAUCAAAAAUCUAUGCUUCACUGAGAUCUUUUAAUAGUCUGAACCCCCGGGAAAGUUGAAAUUGAUUUAUUUAGUCCAAGAAGUUGAUCUCGGUCAAUUUAUUGUUCAAAGCCAAUUGCUAGAUUACUGUAAGAAACAAUAUGUAUUGCAUAUAAUUCGUUUUGUCAUUAUAUGUGCCGCGUCAUGACAAAACCAACGUAGUGCGUUUGCGACCAGCAUGGAUCCAGACCAGCCUGCGCAUCCGCGCAGUCUGAUCAGGAUCCAUGCUGUUCGCUUACAAAGUCUAUAACAAGUAGAGAAACUGACAGCGAACAGCAUGGAUCCUGAUAAGACUGCGCGGAGGCGCAGG